AUGCCUCAAUUAUCUAUCAGUUAUGGUAUUUUAAUAGACAAUUCUUGGCCGUCCACUACUAAUACUACUGCUACUACAACAACUCCUAAUAAUAAUGACAAUGUUAACUCUAUAAUACAUCACAUUUUACCAGUUACAAAGAUUUUGACUUUACCCAGUACAAAUGAUUAUUUUUUAACAAGCUCAAGAGAUGGUUCUUUGAUUUGGCAUGAAUUAUCAAAUUCUUUAAAGAAUAUUAAAUUGCAGAUACACUCAGAUUGGAUAUCUGAUGUUUUGUAUUGGGAUAGCGAUCCAACUUCAAAGUCUUUCAAAUUUAUAUCUGUUUCACAUGAUUUUUCAAUAAAUUUUAUUCAUAUUUAUCCAACUAUCGAUGAGCAUAACAAUAAUAAUAAUAAUAAUAAUAAUAAUAGUAAUAGUAAUAGUAAUAGUAAUAGUAAUAAUGCUUAUUACUGGACAUAUGAUUGGAAAAUUAUUGGCUAUCAUCAAGAUUAUAUCAAGUGUAUACAAAAAUUAAAUCAUAAUACUUUUGUCACAGUGGGUUUAGACAAUUUCAUCAAUAUUUGGUCAAUGGAUAGUAAUGACUCAACUUUAUUAUUAAAGUCCUUUCACAAUAAAAAUGGUUCCUUAUACGCUUUACAAUGCUUACCAACUUUAUCUAUGUCUAAUACACCACUAAAUUUAUCAUUUGAUAUCAUUGUUGGUGACUGUAAUGGGAACCUACUAUUUUAUCAUUCUUUGAAAGAUGAUUUGAUUUUAAAAAUCACUGCUCACAAUACUAAUAUCAAAUGUAUUAAACUGUUUUUUGACCGCAGUAUGACAAAUUUGCUACUUUUGUCAACUUGCUCAAAUGGCAUUUGUAAAAUCUGGGAUCUGAAUAAUUUAAAACAACCAUUGCAUAAUUUUAAAUGGAAUAAUAAUGCAGUAAUUUGGUCUAUUGAAAAACAGUCAAACAAUACAAAUAACACAAAUAAUACUAUACAUUUUUUGGUUACUGAUUCAAAAGGUUGCAUAUCAAGACUAUCUUUCAAUUUUGACACUUUACAAUAUUCAAUAAACUUGGUUUAUCAUGACCCAAAUUAUGAUCAAAGACAUCCAGGUAUAUUAGCCUCAGUAAAUUUAAAUUCUAAAUUGUAUUUUUCAUACUGUUCAAAUUCAAAUUUAAAUAUCUAUGAUCAAUUAUCUCGAAAUUUAUACAUCGAAAAAGGUGGUACUGCAUUGACUCGUAGUUCUUUAUUAACCAAUAGAAGACAUGUGAUAACUGAAAAUACUGAUGGUAUUGUACAGAGGUGGGAUAUUAUAUCCUGUGAGUUAGUAGAUACCUUUGAUCCCAAGGAAGGUACAUUUGAUGACAUUGUAAUGAAAUAUACAACAAAUGAAAUUUUGUCACAUUGGUGUACAGUCUCAAUUAAAGUAGGGCUUUUGUUUGUUAAAGUCGGACCUAAGUUCACCAAUACAGAAAUAUAUGGUAGUGCAUUUAAAGGUUAUGAAUUGUUAAAGUUAAAUAAUAAGAACACUUUAGACAAGAAGAGUAAGGAGAAAAAAAGACAUAAACAUUAUUACUCAUAUCUUCAGAGUAACAAAAACUCUGAUAAUGAAAAUUCAGAUAAUGAAGACGUUAAUAACACCAACAAUAAUAAUAGCAAUAAUGAAACUGAAUGUAUUAUUAAUGAAGAAGAUAGGUAUAACUUAGGAAAAGUCGUUUUGAUAUCUUUAUUCCAUGAAUUUAUUCAAUGGGAAAUUAAUAACGAUAUAAGUUAUAGGGAAAAAUUAUUAGCUUAUAGUGAUAGUCGAAACAUUAUAGUAGAUAGUCUGGCCACAAAUGACUCUAAUAUUGAUGGUAACUAUAAUAGUUGUAAUAACAGUAAUAUAAUGUCUAUGUCUAAUAAACAGAAGAAAAAAAAUGCAUUUACCAGUUUAUCUAUUGCAACAUCUCAUUUUAAAUCAAAAGAUAGCAGUGCCAAUCAUACACCAUUUGUAUCUGCUCCUUCAACACCAUUAAAUGAAAUGACUAUGGAUAUACGUGAUUAUCCGAAUGGGGGUAAUAAUCAUAGUUCCAAUCAUCAUAAAUCUCAUGAAAAUCUUGUGAGUAAUACACUAUUAGAAAGUUCUGAAUUAUCAAUGUCAUCCACUGAUUCUAAAUCCAAUAAUAGAGCAUUAAGUUCUGGAUCACUAUUUUCCAGAAAAUUUAAAUCAUUUAGAAAUAACAGUAAUAACAGCAGCAGUAAUAUUGCCACUGAUCUUUCUGUCGGUAAUAGCAACAGAAAUGAUAACGCAAAGGCUUCUAUAUUCACAAGUUCUGUUGGUUUAGAAAGAUCACAAAGCAUGUCAGUUAGUAAGACAGGUUCACAAAUUAAUUUUAAUCAUAACAUUUUCCAAAAAAAUGAAACAUCACAUGAUCCAUUAAUGGAAUCUUCGACUUUAAAUCCAUCACUGUCAAAAAAUGAAACUAAAAAGUCACAUAAAGUUAUGUAUGAUUUAAUCUCAGAAAUUCGUGAAUCCUAUAAGGAGAGUUUACAAUCGCAAUCAUUGACAUUGACUAAACUGGGUCUUUCCAAAAGGAAAUUAGAUUCACAACUUAAAAGAAAUGAGGAAUUACCCAUCAUCAAAGUUAAGUCCAACACAUUGUUAUUGGUUCAAUCCUGGAAUGAAGAUUCUUGUGGUGGGAAAGUUUUAUUUUCUACUGUGCUGCCUCUAUCAACAUCUCAAUCUCCGCUUCAUUUACAAUCCUUUUCUUCACCUGCAUUAUCCAAAAACCAAUCUACAAAUUCACUAUUAUCUACUAAUUCUUCAAUCUCAUCAUUAAAUAGUUCUUUUGAUAAAUGUACUAUUUCAUCUCAAACCUCUAAUCAUUUCUCAGUUUCUUCAUCAGGCUCGCUUUUGUUAUCGGGUGAUGAUAAAGUUCUAACGGUAAAGCAAGAGAAAUUAUUAAAUAGAAAACAACAAUAUGAAAAUAAAAAGCUUUUUACCAAGAUUGAACGUAAUUUGCCUUACUGGGUAGGUGUACUUCUUUUGAAAGAUGAUACUGUGGUACAGGAAAAACAGCCAAAACUGAAUUUUGUCAUAGUUCCUUGGGUUCCUGAGUACCAACAAGAUGAGGAUUCACAAGCUAAAACUAUGUCUGGAAGUAGCAAUACGCAACAUCAUCAUUACUCAGGAUUUAGAUUAGGUAGGUCGAAGUCAAAUGAUGCAAUUAAGAAUUCUAUGACAGAUUUACCUAAAAUUGCAGAAUCAAAUAUCAACUUAAUUGCUCCAGGCAUGAUUAAAGUUAAAAAAAUCAAGAACUAUGUGGUAGACAGGUUUGACAGUAAGACUCCUGAAAUGAAGGAUAAGAUUGACCCAUCGAUAUGGAUGGAAUUGUUAUGUAGAGGAAACGUGUUAGAUAAUGAUAUGACUUUGUCUACUGUAAGAACGUUAUAUUGGAAAUCUCCAGGUGAGAUAACGAUUCAAUAUAGAAGAAAAGUGUCACGUUGA